GAAGGGCACUUGAGCAACAGUAAAUACACCCACACAGGCUUCAGCUUGUUACUCGUUAUUACACCCUUGCUGAUGUUCAAUCUGACACAUUCCUAACAGACACGCACAGAGAACGGACGAGACAUAGGAACAGACCAUGGCAGAUAAGGACCCAAUAACCGAUGGCCAGAGACUGGAAGUGUCCCCCGGCUCUUCACUCUCAGCCCAGAGUGGUGCCAUGGUUCCCCCUGUAGAAUAUCAGGCAGUGUUACAGGACGGCGCUCUCUCACUGGUCCCCCUCGACAGUCAUUCUGCUGGAGAGGGGGUGGUUCAGCCGUACCCUCGCUCCCCAAAGCUCAUCCGCAAGAUAGCAGCAUCCAGAAAGCUCUCUGAGGAGCAGCUGUCCAGACGAUUGGAGGAACUGCAGUCAGAGAGAACCAGAACUAAGGCCCACAUUCUAUCUCUGAAGAAACGCAAGGCUGAUCUCUCUAGGCGCACAGAGGUGAUGAAGCACCAGGUGAGAGAGAGGUUCGAGGGCAUGAGGGCCGCCCUGCAGAGAGACCAGCAGGCCAUGGUGGACUCGCUGGAGCUGGACCGCAUAGAGACCAGCGCCAGACUAGACCAGGUCCUGAAGGGCUGGGACCAGCACCUGGGACAGGUCCAGAGGAGCGUCACCACUACCCAGAAAGCCCUGGGGCAGACUUGGACAGGGGGCGAUACACAGAAUCUUCCUGACAAUCUCAGCCAUAAGAAGCCGGAUGCUUCCGAAGCGGAGAUCCGGCUGAAUGAAGAGAGGUUUGAGAAGCUUCUGAGAACCCUACACUCCUUCUACAAGGACCUGAAGGCCCAGCUUCAGAGGAAGACACUGCUGCUGGAUUCCUCCACAGUGAUGAUUGACAGGCAGACCUGCCAUAGCAAGAUCACAGUGACAGGAGAGGGACGGGGCAUGUGCUUCUCCGACUCCGCCCAGUCUGCUCCAGAGCACCCCCUCCAGUUUGACAAGAUCUGCUGUGCCCUGGGCUCUGUCGCCGUGACAACGGGCCAACGCUACUGGGAGGCCGACGUCCGCUACUGCUCCGCCUGGGCUGUGGGCGUGGCCUACAGCAGCAUGGACCGGAAGGGGCGGGACAAAGGUGCCAAGCUGGGGCGGAACAGAAACUCGUGGUGUGUGGAGCUCAGGCAUGGCCGUCUCUCCGCCUGGCACAACGACAGGCACGUGUCGUGCUCCGCCAGCGGGCGAAGGGUGCCAGGUAGGGUGGGCGUGUGGGUGCACUACGAGAAGGGAAAGCUGGCGUUCUAUGAUGCCGAGACUAUGAAGGUCCUGCAGGAGUUCUCUGCAGCCUUGAUGACCGUGUUUGAUAGGGUGCAUCAUCAGUUCACGGAGCCCCUGUACCCUGCGUUCCGCUUCCUAAGACCAUCGGAGGGACAGGUGUGGCCCAGCCAUAUAGAGAUAUGGGACGUCAACACUCCCAUAGCAACCCAUAAAUGUCAAUAAGCAUCGUUCGAUAUGCACAUUCAUGUACUAUUCAAAGUGUUUGCUCUACUCUCAAUUCUUUUCUAUGCCUGUUUUGUUCAAUCAUAGCAAAUGUUAAUCUGAGCAAUGCAUUGUGUGACCUUAUGGGCAGCGCACAAUUGGCCUAGCGUUGUCCAGGGUAGGGGAGGGAAUGGCCGGCAGGGAUGUAGCUCAGUUGA